UUUAAUAUGAUACGUUACUGUUAUCUCCGCGCAGUUUUGAACCGAUAGCUAUUUAAUGAUUUGAAAACAAGGAACAACGGUCUUUUAAAAACAGGGGGUGACUCCACGUUCUCAAUGGCCAUGCCAUCGUUGCGACUAGACUGGUUGCCCCAGCUUUUUAACAGACAUAACAAGCGGUAAGCAAGGCGAUGCUCCUCGUUUCGUCGUCUCGUAGUGGUGUUUGAGGAAGGGAAGUAGUGAAGUGUGUGCGUGUGUGAUGAAUGUUAUUGCUGUGAUGGUCGCGCCCACGGUUGUUUACUGUCCGGCGCUGAGACCAUAUAACCGAUGAGAAGCUUACUGUUAUGGAAGCAGACGGCGGCUCUGAGCGGCAGGUGUAUCCGCCGCACCUGAAAAGGGUUCUGAAAACUUAUCAGGCUAGUGCAACUACCAGCUUGCAUGGGCCUAACACUGUCAUGGGUGUCUGGCCACCCGCCGGAUCUGAUGUGGUCACAUCGGUCAGUCUGCCGAAUCCAGUUCGCACCUUGACCCCCACCGAUACUGCGAAGGUCAGUAGUUCCUGUACUACUACUGUUAGUGAUACAGUAAAAUUGAAGAAGGUAAGGCCGAGUAGCUCCGCUAGUUCAAGUACUGAUGCCAGUUCAUCAGCUCAGAAUCUGGAGUAUGACCCUUUUAUAGCACCUCCUCCUUUUCCUAUCCAACAACCUCCAAUUUUCACUCCUGCAGAUCAAAGCAGGUGUGAAAAAUCCGAAACUGUUUUAGAAUCUGAGACCAUCUCUUGUUUCAGCGUAGGCGGUGAAAAACGAUUGUGUUUGCCACAGAUUUUGAAUACAGUCCUCCGGGACUUUACUUUGCAGCAGAUAAAUUGUGUUUGUGACAAUUUACACAUCUUCUGUUCCCGCUGCAAUUCUGAGCAGCUUGAGGUCUUGAAAGCCACCGGCGUCUUGCCCUUGAGUGCCCCUAGUUGUGGCCUUAUUACCAAAACGGACGCUGAACGUCUGUGUGCGGCACUACUGGACAGCAACCCUCCAAAAGUGAUUCCGAACCCAGACGUAAAACCGCCCUUCCAAGUUCGGGUGUAUCAUGAAUGUUUUGGCCGGUGUACUGGACUCUAUACACCCGAUUUAUACGCAGAACCCCGAGCACGAUGCAUCGAAUGUGUUGAGUGCCAUGGUCUCUUGAGCCCUCAGAAGUUCGUAUGCCACGCUCACCACCCAAAAGAGAAUCGCACUUGUCACUGGGGGUUCGAUUCUUUCAACUGGCGGUCUUAUAUCCUUCUUGAAGUUGGACUUGAAGAAAAUCCGCAGUUGGUAGAGAUUCUGAGUGAAAUGAAAAAUCGUUUCGACUUCAACCACAAGUACAAAAGAAAACAGGUCAGUGUUCUCUUAUGUUUAAUUAUAAAAUUUUUAUUCUAAGAAUUUACUAAUGCCGAAAGUAACUGUUUUUGUUAAAUAAAACUAUGGUGGAGUUGUAACUUACGAAUGAGAAAAGAACUAACAAAUUUAUUAUUGAAAUGAAGUUAUCAUAUAUUCAUAAUUUAGGUAAAAGUACUAUCUUGAACUGAAAACUAUAUUUGUUUAUAUUUUUUGCUUCCAUGCAAAAUGUGUGCAGUAUUCAGUUAUUUGAUUAUAGCAUAUAAGGGAGGGGGAUAAUUGUUUAUUCCCGUUAGAAAAGCGCUUUUUUUUUUUUUUUUUUUUUUAAAGUAAGUUGUGAUUUUAAUAUGAUUAAUAUGUAACCAUUGAAUUGGUGUUAAUGGAAUUACAAACUAAAUUUGUUUGGAUAGUGUUACAUCUAAAUCAGAGUAUAUUUUAAGGAAUAUCCAUUCAAUGUAAUAUUUAUAUGAAAAGUGGCAUACUGUUUGCUAUAGUCAAUUGUUAAGAAUUGGUGAUAAAUUUUGUGUUUGAAUUCUAACAAAAUUACUGAAAAUAAUGGUGAAAGGAAGAUUUGUAUGGCUUCUUUUUACAAAGUAUGCUUUGAAUCCUGGUUAUGUCAAUAAAGUGAAAUUUUUAUAUUUAAACUAAUACGAAAUAUUUAUCAAGCAGAUUGUUUGUAUUUGUCUUGUACUGUCUGAAUUUGAAUUUUUCUAAAUCUUUCCUUUUAAAAUGUCGCAGAAAAAUUUUCAUGCUUGCUGUAUGAAAUUUUAUUGACUAUGCCAAAUAGUUUUAAAAACAUUAAUAUUUGACAUGUGUAAUUUGUUUUUUUAUAUUUAUGGAUUUAGAUUUUUUGUGAGUAAAUAUAAUGUAGUGAGUUUAAUAAGUAUAUACAGGAAUGUAUUAUUUCGUCAAAUAUCACAGAGAAACGAUAAUUCUUGCUGUAUUAAACUUUGAAUUCUCUGUGUCUGGGUAGUUUUAGAAAAGUUAUUUUAUGAUGAGUGAAAAUUUGGUAAAGAGGUGGAUCAUGUUUUUGUAUUCAUUUAUCAUGUUUUUGUAUUCAUUUAUCAUGUUUUUGUAUUCAUGUAAAUUUUUGUGAAUCAUGAUAAUUAUGUAAUAUAUUUUUAACAAUAUAUUUCAAAAUAUAAAUAUUUUUCUUUAGUUGAUUGUUCAUAAUUCCUAUAGCUUCCCAGAGUUAUACAUUAUUAUACAGGGAACAUAUUAUAUUGUGUGCAUAAUCAGAAUUUCAUAUUGUUAAUUUAAAUUUUAAUUUGAAUCUUGAUAGUUAUUUAGACGAAUAGCAAGAUCUAACAGCCAAAGUUUAAACUGGUUAUAGACUGCUGAUAAUCAGUUGUCCUGAAUUAAAAGAUAAAUUUCCUUUUGAAGUGAAACUUGAAUUACUUAUAUUUUGUUUUCAUUUACAUUAAUUAUUUUGACUGCCCUCAUAUUAUAUAUGUAAAAAUAUAUUUUGUAAUAAUUUGAAGGUUUGUAAACUUGGAGUUUCUAAAUUCCAGACAUGCUUUAACAAAUGAAAAUUUGAGAUAGAUAGUUAUUGUUUUAGCUUUAUUCUGAAUAAAUCAAUUUCUGUAUAAAUUUUGUUAUUUCUAUCAAAAAGUACUAAAGAUAUUAUCAAUAUUAUGGUACUGGGAGAUCAGUGGGCUUUCAGUCAAGUUGAUUAUGUCCCCAGAUAGUUUUUGUGAGGUUAUCUGUUGUAGUUUUUCAGAGUUAUUUUUUCUUUCAAAGAAACACAAUAUGCUUUGCUGGCUAGGAGGGUCGGGGCUGUGCCCUUAUAAUGAUAAUGAUGCUGCUUUUGUUGUUGCAUUUUGAACCCAGAUGCAUUUACAUUUAACUUUUCUUAUAUUAUAUUAUUUAUUGUUGGUAAUAAAAUUUAUUAAAAUGUAUAAAUAGUAUUAUACCUUAUGUAUUUUGAACAAAAUAUAUAAGGUAUAAUAUUAGUAUCAUAAAUUUUAAAUGCCACUGCUAAUAAAACAUUUUCUAAGAGUGCUUUAAUUAUAAUGAACUUUUUGUUCAUAGAAAACUUUGAUAAGUAUUUUUUAAAUUAAAUUAUCUAUCAUCUCAUCUACUUCUUUCUGAUUAGGUUAUAAAAUUUAGGAAAGCAUUUAGAAUCAAAUUUCUUAUGGUUAAUUGAUGUUAUUUAAAUUUAAUUUAUGUAAACUGGUUACCUUAUAAAAUUCCACUAUGCUUCCUUAAGUACACUAAAAACCUGCAGUCUAACUUAGAGAGAACAGUGUAAACCCUGUUGGAGAUGUUACUAACAUUAUUAUCUAAUGUUAUUAAUUUUAUGAUAUUAGUAUUAUUACUUUUACAAUAUGAUUAGAGAUUUGCAUAAGAAUUCUGACUGUAUUCUGCAAAUCUGACAUUAGGGAUUUUUCUGUUAAAUUUAAUUGUACAUCUCUUCCUGCUUCCUUAAUGAAAUGACUUUAAAUUAUGCAUGUAAAUCUUAAAUGUUUUUCUUUCUUUUUUUUAAAUCUUUUUUUCUGUUCUCUUUUUUUUUGGGGGGGGGGAAGUUUUUUUUUUUUUUUUUUUUUUGUUGUUUGUUUUUUGUUGAUUAUAUAUUUAUUUAUUUUUAUUUUUUAACUAAUGUUAUUCUUGGAGAGUUUUUUGGUUGGCAUUUUUACCUAUUCAGGUGCUGUAUUUCCAUAUUUGCAUUCAAAGUUAUCUUUCAGUGGCCAGUACCAUCAUUUCAUUUUAAUGUUUAUACUUGAUCUUUUGAUGUGUAAUGUAUUAUGUACGUAUGCAUGUGCGUAGUAUCUCUUUCCUGUUCAGAAUAGUAUGUUUCUUUUGUCUUGCAUAAUCUGUAAGAAAAUUUAUCAGUUGAAUGAAUGAAUUUUUAUCAUUAUUUAAAAGUUUCAAAGUGAGUUUAUUUUGCUUUAAAAUUUAUUAUGAAAAUAUUUUUAAAGAAAUACAUGAAAAUUAAUGCAAUAUAAAACUGAUAAAAAAGCAGUUUUUAAAAUUUAUUUUUUCUUAUUAUAUUUCUCCACAAAUUCAUUUAUGACUGAUAGGAAAUAUUUUAUCUAAAAACAUUUUAAAUAUAAAAUUAUGGAAAUAAAGACAAUUAAUAUGUUGUCAUUUUUUUGAAUUCAAAUUUUUAUUUCUAAUGUGUAUUUGUGAAACAUAAGAAAAUGCAAGUCCAUGUGAUACAAUCAAAAGUCGUUAAUCCGGACAUCAAAGGUACAAACUUUCUGCACAUUAUACGCAUGCGCAUAUGCAUUUACGCAUGAGCGUAAUACCUUUACGCAUGCA